AUGCUCGCUUCUCUUCGCUCUCAUAUCCCCAAGACCAAGUCUUAUCUCACCUUAAAGCCCAGCCCAGUGCUGUCCAAUUGCCACUACCGUCGCCAACUACUACCCCUCACCUUUACUCCCAACGUUAACGUUACCGUCAACAUCCGCAACAUGUCUUCUGCCCCCGCUAAGAAGGAGUUCCUUUGCAUUUUGCCGGAUUUCCCCGGUGCGCAGGCUAAGCGUCUUGAGGUUCGACCCUCCCACCUCGAAGGCGUAAAGCCCCUCGUCGCCGCGGGGACUAUCGUUGCUGGUGGCGCAAUGCUCGAAUCCCACCCCGCCGAAGGCGAAACCCCCGCUUUCCAGGGUAGCAUGAUGCUCGCCCUGGCUGAGAACGAGGCUGAAGUGCGCGCUAUCCUGGAGAAUGAUAUUUAUGCGCAUUCGGGUGUUUGGGAUUUGGCUAAGGCGAAGAUUAUUCCGUUCAAGUCUGCUGUGCGCAAGGAGUUGUAA